AAAUGGAUGUGUUUGUCGCCUCAUUUAAAAUCAAAAAGUAAACCUUGUUUAAAAUUAAGAGGUUUUUUGACAAAAUUUGAACUAGUGAAUUUUACAGUUUAAAUUCAUAAAUUAAGUUCACACAAUGAGUUUACAACAGGAAUUAGUACUACCAAAGGAAGUGAGAGUAUCAAAAUGGUACUUCGGCGGAUUUUCGUCAGCUGGAGCAGCUUGUGUCACUCAUCCAUUAGAUCUACUGAAAGUUCAAAUGCAAACCCAAAAGGGAAAAAACAUUUCAAUGUUUCAACUUGUUGGGAUAGUCAUCAGAAAUGAAGGUAUCAUGGGUCUGUAUAAUGGUAUAUCAGCCUCCUUGCUAAGACAGUUAACAUAUUCAACAGCAAGAUUUGGAAUAUAUGAAAUGGCUAAACAACAGCUUACACCCAAAGAUGGUCGGCCUAUUCCAUUUUACAUGUCUGCAUUUAUAGCUGGGUUAGGUGGACUUGCUGGUGGGUUUGUGGGAAACCCUGCAGAUUUGGUGAAUGUGCGAAUGCAAAAUGAUAUGAAACUUCCACCUGAGCAAAGAAGGAACUACAAAAACGCUGUGCAUGGAUUAUGGAGAGUAGCCGCAACUGAAGGUAUAACACGACUUUGGGCAGGAGCCAGUAUGACCUGCAGCCGAGCAGCUCUAAUGACAAUAGGGCAACUGGCAUUCUAUGAUCAAAUCAAGAUAGUACUUCUAUCCACUUCAUUUUUCCAUGACAAUGUUGUGACUCAUGUUACAUCAAGUUUAUUAGCAGGAGGUGUAGCAACCACUAUGACUCAACCCGUGGACGUCUUGAAAACGCGUGCAAUGAACGCGAAACCUGGUGAAUUCAGGGGUAUCUUACAUCUUAUCACCAGCACUGCUAAGGAAGGACCGCUUGCAUUCUUUAAAGGAUACAUUCCAGCAUUUGUUAGGCUUGCACCUCACACUAUAUUAACAUUCGUAUUUUUAGAACAACUUAGAAUGAAUUAUGGUUCUAUCAAAUGUUAAUAAUUUUAAGAAAGAAUAUUUUAGGACAAAUGUACUUUUACAUAAUUUUGUAGAGGUUUUAGAUGAUGUGGUGUAUUGGACUAGAUUUUUAGAUGCAUUUAGUACUUCAAUAUAAUUCGCACAUCUGAUCCUAUAGAAUGCCGACAUUUGUAUCAUAAUAAUCAGACUUCAAUGUACAUUUUGUAC